AUGCACCGCCGACUCCGCGCCGCGCCGUUUUUCCCACUGCUGCUGCUGCUGCUGCUCGUGAUGCACUGCGCCGGCGGGUGCCGCGCCGCUGCGGGCCGCCGGGUGUUCGACGACACGGUGCCGAAGAGCGGCCGGCCGGCGGCUGCGGUGGUGCGUGAGGUGCCGCGGAGGGGGCAGGGCGCGGCGCAGGCGUACACCGUCGCAGCGGCGGCAGCGGCAGGAGGAACGAGCAGCGAGGGCUGGGCGCCCAUCCGCAUCGAGGUGUCCACGGAGGACCUGAAGGACGAGACGAAGUACUGCAGGGCAGACGGGGAGAAGAAGCCGGACUUUAAGGGCAAUAACGAGGUUUGUGCAGAGCAGUACGUUCUGACCGAGGAAAGGAAGAGCGCCCUGGUGAACGCGGUCAUCCCUGUGGCCGUCAAGCUGCACGCGGAGCGCCUGCUCGUUCAGCGCGUGCAGGGUUUGUUGCAGGUGCCCAAGUUCCCAGGCACGCGUGGGCGGUGCCAGCACUUCACGGUCCCAAAGUGA